ACCGACUCACAUAAGGAGGGGGCCAGUAGAGAGUGGAGUGGCUGUAUGCCUGACCACACAGCUGUUCUUUGUCUUUUUUUGCUCUCUUUCUUUUACUCUCGCACUCUGCUUCUCACUCUCCGUCCCCUUCAACUCUCGACAUCAUGGAGCCCAACAGUCCUAAGAAGAUCCAGUUUGCCGUCCCGCUCUUUCAGAGCCAUUUGGACCCUCAGGCAGCGGAACAUAUACGCAAACGAAGGCCCACUCCAGCCACUCUCGUCAUCUAUAACGACCCCAAUGCAUCAGAUGAUAAGCAGUCAGCAGGCGGUCAGUCAGAGACUCAACUGUCUCCGGCCCAGAGGAAGACCAGUGUGUACACACCACCCACCAUGAGAGAACUGCAGUUGGUGGUGGAGCAGCACUUUCAGAGACACGAGCAGAUGGAGGCAGGGCUCUCUGACAGCCCAGACACACCCAGUCCAAUUGCAGCACAGCAGCCCAAUGGUGCCGUGGCCCAGUGGGCCGGUCACAGCUCCUCAGAGACUUAUGUCAGUUGUGAUGAACAGGCAGGGAGCAGUGAGGAGGGGGGUAAAGAUCAGUCCAGCAAACAGAAAUCUGGUCAAGAAGAGAGUCCUCAUCUUCCCAAACAUACUCAUUCCCAACUGGACACACUGUCUGAGGAGCUAACAGACAGAGACGCAGUGGACCAGCCGAGUACCACAGGGAUGAUGAAGAAACUUGAGGCAGGGUUUUCUCCAGUCUUUCAAGAGGAAGAGGAAGACAAGACUUUCACCGAGGAUAAAGACACACAGGAGAAGUAACACAAUGAGAACCAGUUUUUGAUCAUGCCUUUAUCAAUUCUUGCCUUCAAAAACUGUUUAUUAAACAGAUUUGUUCUUCGUCAUAUUUUAGUGUUUUAUACAUCUGUAUAGAAAACAAUAAUAAUAAUAUCUGGAUAUAAUGUUCCUGUCUAUUGCAGUUGGAAUGUUUUUCUACUGAAAAAAAUCUCUUUUAUUUGUGUUUUCCGUAUGUACACAAACGUGGCCUUUUUAAAAAAAAAAAAAAAUUGAGAUUAUGUGGAAAGUUACAGGCUGUAAAAAUUGCCAGUCUUUAAUGAAUUCAAGAAAAGUGCUUGUGUGUUAAAACUUGCUUUUGAAUUAGUCAUUAAUUCCAAUGUUGCUAGCUCUGCUGAUGAAGGACUUCUGUACAAAACAUUUACUGCUAAUGAAACUUUCUAUAAACUUCAACAAGUUUAUUCACAUCUUAUACAUCUAGUGAUGCACCAAGGGUUGUAUUUCUUUUCCUGUAUUAUUUUUCUGUACUCAGAGAUUUUGGGCUGUAAAAUUCUAGCUUCCGAACGAUUCGGACAAAUUUGGAUGUUAAAUUUUGAUCCUUUCCGGUGAUUCAGGUCAGAAUCUGAACAGUUUAUUGAUCCUAACCAGAUUUUGUUUCAAGUUUCCAGAGAACCAGAAAGCUUUGGACAAAAGUCCUUCCUCAGAUCUAUAAACCCAGUGUUUUUAAGGCUAUAUGAAAGGGAUGUUUAUUUGUGAAAAACAUGUUUAAAGCUCCAAGAGUGUAGAAGUACAGUAGAUAGAAUGGAUUCGGUAAAUACUGUAUUCAGACCCCCUUCACUUUUUUCAAUUUUGUUAUGUUACAGCCUGAUACUACAAGAGUUCAAAUGCUUUUUUUUUCUUGUUAAUCUACACUCAAUACCCCAUAAAAUUCUAGAAAUGUAUGUAAAACAUAUUAAAAAAGAAAAAAAAUUGAAUAUCACAUGUA